AUGGAAUCAGAGUUCAUGGCUCUUGCUUCUACUAGCCAAGAAGUGGAAUGGUUGAGAUACCUUUUAUUGGAAGUUACAUUGGUGAAAGACAAUGUUUCAAAGGUUUUGAUACAUUACGAUCGCCAAUCCACUUUAGCUAGAGGAUUCAACGAAGUGUAUAAUGGAAAGUCUAGACACAUAGGACUUAGACACUCCUUCGUGAGAAAAUUGAUUAAGGCUGGAAUCAUUUCACUCACCUAUAUCCGAACGAGCUAUAAUUUGACUGAUCCAUUUACUAAGCCAUUAGCCAGAGGAUUAGUAAAGACAACCUCGAGAGGUAUGGGGUUAAAACUCCUUGAAUAA